AUGGCGCGGCAGCGGGGGAGCGUGGUGCUGCGGCGGAUCGAGGAUCGGAGGCGGCGGGGGAUCUGCUUUAGGAAGCGGCGGGCGGGGCUGGUUAAGAAGGCGGAGGAGCUCGCCGUGCUCUGCGACGCCGACGUCGGCCUCCUCGUCAUCAACCCCUUCGACGGCACCUUCCAACGCUUCGCCGCGCCCGCGACUAUGGAGAAUAUCAUCAAACGUUAUCAGAAUUUCCCAGAAGCACAAAAAAGAGCACAUGGAAGGAGCCUUCUCAAAGAGAGAAGAAGCAAGGAUUUUCAAGUUCCCAUAGUGACAACAGAUAGAAGGCCAAACAUUCAUGACAUGUCAAUUGAUGAAUCAAGCAUAUCCCAGUUGACCAUCGAACAGCUUAGCCAAAUUGAAAGAAAAUUGGAGUAUGCACUAAGGAGGGCAAAGACCAGGAAGUUGGAAGCGUAUAGGAUCGCCACACUACAGGAGAAGGGGAAAGCAACGCUCGAGGAGAGGGAUAUGAUGGAGAUGGUCUCGAGGAAGGAGCAGAAGCAGGAGGGAGGAAGGUAUGUAACUAGAAGCCAGCAAAGCAGCAGGGAGGUGGAUUUGACGCUCAGCCUCGGCAUCGGCAUUGGCUGCAACGUUGGUUGCUCGCGCAGGCACCAAACGCCAAUUGACCUCAACAUGCCGUGA